AUGCAUCUCAUGUACACUUUGGAUGAUAAUGGAAACAGGAUUUACACGCUGAAGAAAAUCACAGACUCUGGAAAGAUUACCAAGUCUGCCCACCCAGCGCGGUUCUCUCCCGAUGACAAGUUUUCACGCCAUCGAGUGACAAUCAAGAAGCGCUAUGGCAUCCUUCCGACGCAGCUCCCCAGCAAGCCUCUCUGA